AUGCCGGAAACUACACCAUCACAUCAUGUCAAUGGAUAUGCCAAUGGACACGCUCCACCAGAGCUACAACAAGCUGGCUCUUUUUUAUUCACAUCCGAGUCUGUUGGAGAAGGACAUCCUGAUAAAAUGUGCGAUCAAAUUAGUGACGCUAUUCUCGACGCACAUUUGAGACAAGAUCCAGACGCUAAAGUUGCCUGUGGUUUUGACUAUAAAACUUGCAACGUCUUGUUGGCAAUAGAUGCACAAUCGCCAGAUAUCGCUGCGGGAGUACACAUUAAUCGUAACGAUGAAGAAGUUGGUGCAGGCGAUCAGGGACUGAUGUUUGGCUAUGCAACCGAUGAGACUGAAGAGUGUAUGCCACUUACUGUAGUUUUGGCCCACAGAUUGAAUCAAAAAAUUGCUGAAUUAAGACGAAGUGGAGAGCUUUGGUGGGCUCGCCCUGAUUCUAAAACACAAAGUGAUGCUGGUCUUACCGGCAGAAAGAUAAUAGUCGACACUUACGGAGGAUGGGGUGCUCACGGAGGUGGUGCUUUUUCAGGAAAAGACUUUACCAAAGUCGACAGAUCAGCAGCAUACGCUGCAAGAUGGGUUGCCAAGUCUCUAGUUAAAGCUGGACUCUGCAGGCGUUGCCUUGUACAAGUAUCUUACGCGAUUGGUGUCGCAGAACCUCUCUCUAUUACUAGAAUUGAACUUACGUCAUCCAAUUUAUCAACAAACUAGUACGUACGGUCAUUUCGGCCGUGAUGGUUUCUCUUGGGAGCAACCCAAACAAUUAAUUAUUGAUUGA